UGAUUGAAUCGAGCUCGGGUUACGACCAUGUUGGUAUAAUUCUUUCGCUGGGCAGAAGAGCAAUGCGGUAUUUGCCCAUUUUCUAGAAAGGCCGCCCUUGAGCACUUGUGCGUCGUGCGCGUCAGAUGGCUGAGACGUUAUGAUAGAGGCGACGAAGUACACAUUCAGCUGUCUAACCCAUAGUGCAUGAUCAGGCCAUCGUUGAUGCCCCUCCCCCGUCGCAAACCAGUACCGAAUUAGGGGGUGCCCAUUGACCUGUGCACUGAUGAUCUGCAGAACCUCGGCAACUCUAGUCCUUAUUGACUAACACGGUAGUCCAAGUUUAGCGACAGAGGUGGAGUCCACACAGAAACUAAGCAAGCCAAGUGACAAAAUGAAACCAGAUUUACAUGUGGCAACCAACAAACUAUAUAAAGCCUAAUCCCAACUUCCUCAACAGACCAAGAUAAUCGAAUUCCAUCUUCGUCUUUGUUUACAAAACACGCAAAAUGGCUUCACGAUCCUCAACCGCCGUGUACGAGUCCAACUCGUCACGUCUCGAUGCAAAUCCAUCGGCCAGCCUCAAGUCGAGACAGAAUCCGAAAGACUCUAUGAAGUCGACCUGGCGACGAGCCGAUAAAAGCAACUGGACACUGUCGCAUUGGUUCUUCGAGAUCUUGGGUAUUCACCACGUUACCCUGGAUAAGGAGGUGCCUGUGCAUCAGAAGAGAGAUAAAGUUCCAUAUACACCUGAGUGGCAGUUGCACCGUUGGGUGUUGGUGCAUUCACUCAUUCCGAUGGCUUUGCAUCAUGCCUAUGUUUUAUACACUGGCCAUAACCUCACGCCCCUCCAAGCUUUUCUCUUCUACAGCCUUGCCUUCAAGGUUACCGCCGUGCAUCAACUCCAUGCUCUUCGUCGAGUAGGUCACCAGACAGGUUUCUUGGAUGGUGAUGUCCACGAGAGAGAUGGAGUGCCUGAUGUUGGCGUCACCAAGGUCGUCAAGAGCCUCAUCGCCACGUCUAGCUUCCGUCCAAUCUUUACUGUUUUCCUCAGCUACCGCACCGCUCAAGCCCCUUCAUCCAUCAGCUGGGUCUGGCUCCCACUCGAAAUUGGCCUGUACGGAAUCGUGCUUGACUUUUGGUUCUACUGGUACCAUAGACUCAUGCACGAGGUCGGCAGUCUCUGGAAAUACCACCGCACUCAUCACCUGACCAAGCACCCUAACCCGCUCCUGACACUCUACGCCGAUUUCGAACAGGAGAUCUUCGACAUCGCCGUCAUCCCGCUCGCGACGUACUUCUCCCUCAAGUUCAUGGGGCUUCCUAUGGGCUUCUACGAGUGGUGGAUCUGCCACCAGUAUAUCAUGUUUACCGAGCUGGGUGGUCACAGCGGUCUGCGUGUCUAUACAUCACCUCCCGGCACGCUUAGCUGGCUGCUUCGUCUGCUUGACGCUGAGCUUGUGAUUGAGGACCAUGAUCUUCAUCACCGAAAGGGCUGGAAGGCAAGCGGUAACUAUGGCAAGCAGACUCGUCUGUGGGAUAAGAUCUUCGGUACUUGCAUUGACAGGAUAGAGUUGAAGGACUCCAACAUGGAUUGGGAAACAACUGUUGACCUUCCGCUCCUUUGGUAAAUGAUUGAUGAUGGCUUAUGACUAUGGUAAAUUGGUUGGAAAUAUUCGCAGGCUUUGUAUAUGGGCUUAGAUAUGCAGAGAUUACGAUUAUAUUAUUAGGAAUGGUCAGCCAAUAAGAUUCCCAAGGUUAAUUAUCGUAUUCUACCCG